AUGUCUAAAAAAGCAUGGAAGAAAGGAGGUGGAAAACGUGCCGGGAUGACUGAGGAGGAGAGACUUCUGAACAUGCAGCAAAAGGCUCAAGCUGAGGCGGAUAUUGCCAAGAGAAAAGAGGACAUGCUCACCCACUUCGUCAAGGAUAAACUGCAGAAAGAAGAGAAGAAAACCUCUCGUAAUGUGGCCAAGCUGCGGCAGCAGUGGCGUGCUAUUUCAACGCAGGCCGAGACAGCAGAGCUACGCGAUGACAUCUCAGUCCUCAGCCAGAGCUUUGAGAAAGUCCUCGACUGCAACGACAAAAUCAUUAAGAGUUUGGUGGAUGAUCUGUCUGAGAGGGCGCAGCAGUCAGAGCUGGCGCGCAGUUCUCAUCUGCAGAACGUGGACUGUCUGUUAAAGCUUCAUAAGAGUCGGCUGGCAGAACUAGCGUCCAACUUCAACACCAGUGUCGGAGAACUUAGCUCAGAGUAUAAUACUGAGAGGGAGCAGAUUCUUUCACAGCACCAGCAGGAGAGUGUGGAUUUGGAGAAUGUAAUGUUUCACAUGGAAAAGCACUACGCUGAUAUAGACAAUGAGGCGAGACGUGACUACGAGGUUAAUGUCCAUCAAAUUAAACAGCAGAGCAAAAAGGAAAAACAAAGAGUGAAAAAACAGAUGAAAAGGGUUCUCUCCAAGUUAUGGACAAACGACAACCAGCUAAUACAGCAUUACAAUGAUUCGGAUAUGUUAAAGGGUCGUAAAAAAAUAGUCACACUUAACUCUCUGGAUCUCAAGAAUAAACAGAGUGAAAAAGAGAUUGACGCACAUAAUAAGCAGAUUCAGGAGUUGCAGGAGGCCAUCACAGCUCAGCGCUGUCAGCUGAGCUCUAGUCAAAGCGAAGGAACAAAUCAGCAGCUUCGUUCAGACCGUGACAAGCUCGCCCAGAAACUUCAACAUCGCAGAGUCCAGCUCGCUGCGGACCGAACCACUCGGAGGAAGCAGCUCACUAAACUUACCAUUCAAAGCAACAAUGCUGCUAAAAAACUACAGGAGACAAACGCUUUGGGGGAAAGGUUGAUGCGUCGCUCUGAGCUGUGCAGAAAGAUGGAGACGGAGCACGAGAAGGUUCUGCCCUUCUACAAAUCAUCAUUGAGUGAAGAAGAGCUGAGUCAGGAGAAAGCCAAUGCCAUGAAGUCGACGAAUGAGAAACUCCCUCAGCUAAUACAUGACUAUUCUCCUCUUGGGACGUUUUGGCAACGUUACAACAAGGUUCAGCUUGACAGUUUGUGUCUGAAGCGAGAGAAAGGGCUUCUGUUACAGGAGAAUGAACAACUGAAGAUCAAUCUGCAGCAGUACAUGGAUGAACUUUCGGUCUCUGGGGAGAGUUUACAGCAACAAAAGCUUCCGGUGGCGUCUUCUUCUUCAACUCUACAGACCCCCGCUGCCACUGAGAGACGCGCUCAAAAGCGCCAUGUGCUCAAAAAAAAGCGCUAA